UCCAACAAGUGGGACAGGGGAUUGUAGGUGUAUUGCUUGAUUGUUCUACCCCUGUUCCCACUCUCCCUACCCCCCGUGUUCUGUGAUUACCGGGACUUCUCAAGUACCGCAUCGGUUCAGACUGAUGUCGACGGAACAGGACACCGGGGCMCUGCCACGACGCAGUGCCAGAAUCGCAGUUCGUGCCCGCCCUGCAGUACCUCCAAGACCGAAGAAACUCAGCAGGCGGACGACUCCAGCAGCAUCAAGUACGGCAUUGACGGUACAAGACGCCACCGGAGAUCAUCCCGCAUACCCAGUCCGAGGAGCCAAUGAGCCAGCGGCUGAUUAUCAUGGGCGGCUACUGGCAUUUACGGAAGCCGUAGCUGCCGCCGAGGCCCGGAAGGAGACGGCAGAGGCAGAACGUCAGCGGCUAGCCAAKGAAGCGGCAGCCGAAGCUCAGCGAACGACUGAGACUGACGCAGAGACACGAGACAGACGGAAUGCCAGCAGCACAGAGUCCUUGAUUGCUUGUGAGCAUCAGUGGACGACGAUACUCCAAGACAUGAUCUUUGUGCCUACGGAAGCGCAGGCAGACCCGACACCGGCGGAGGCAGAGAGAAGUAACCUGGCUAACUUGCUGCUGGGCAUGAUGAGAGGUAUUAUGUGGAAUAAUACACUGCUGCAUUCACAUCUGCGCACGGACGCGACGCAGCGACAAACAUACAAGAACGAUAUGACUGCGUUAACAACUGCUAUCCGCACAGAGGCAACGCACCAGCAGCAACAGCAUCAUCUGUUGAAUUCCACUAUCACACGCGUCAACAGCAUAGAGGCUAACGCCUCAGCAGCGCCAGGCUGCACGACAGACGUGACGAAGCAACUCAACGAGCGCAUCGAUCACGUCGUCACCAUCAUCAGCGACAUAAGUACUUUCAACGAACCAGACUCGAUCAGCAGCACGGUGGCCGCCAUCAAGACGGACAUCASCAAGCUACAGACGAGACCGGAAGCCGCUACAAAGACGUUCAAGAUGCCGCACUUCGACAUCAGCAAGUUCGAUGAUUACAACAAGUCGGACGCCUUGUCAUGGUGKCAACGCUUCCUCACGGAAGCAUCAUGCCGCAUGGUCCCGGCGGACGACAUGUUGAAGGCA